AUGCGCUCGUUUCAUAUAAAACAGAUCCAGGCCUUAUUGAGCGUCUUGCUCCGUCGUGCCCAUCGCCCCCUUAUCCACGUCCUUGAACUGACCCAGCAGGCCGCUCUCCGCCAUGAAGUCCGCCAGCGCCACCGCUGCACGUUUCUCCGUCAACAGGUUCUCCAACCUCCCCAAUCGUACUCCUUCCACCUUGCGCAGUCUCCCCCACAUCCGGUGUCGUAUCUCGUGCAGCAGCGGACAGAUCAGCACCACAUGGCGUGGUGUCUGGGAUCCCAGUCCACAUCCGCACUGGGCGCUGUCUCGGACUUUGAUGCGUGA